GGAGAAGCGGAAAAGUGCUACUAUUUAGACAAGGCGGCGGGUGGGUUUUAGCUUGCUUAGUCACCGGCGGGAAAAAACCUCUUUGUUACAGGACGGGAGGCUAGGGUUUCAGAGGCUAGGGUUUCAGAAGUAGAGCAAUAAACCUCUAAGUUACAGGGCGGCGGGAGGCUAGGGUUUCAGAAGUAGAGCAGAUGAAGACCAUAUUGUCGUCGGAGACCAUGGACAUACCUGAUGACGUGAAGAUCAAGGUCAAGGCGAAGACCAUAGAGGUUGAGGGUCCUCGCGGCAAGCUCACCCGCAACUUCAAGCACCUUAAUCUCGAUUUCCAGUUGAUCAAGGACGAAUCCGGCAAGCGGAAGCUGAAGAUCGAAGCCUGGUUCGGAUCUCGGAAGACAACCGCCGCCAUUCGUACCGCCAUCAGCCACGUGGAGAAUCUCAUUACCGGCGUCACCAAGGGCUAUCGCUACAAGAUGCGCUUUGUCUACGCCCAUUUCCCCAUCAACGCCAGCAUCACCAAUGGCAACAAGUCCAUCGAGAUCCGCAACUUUCUCGGUGAAAAGAAGGUUAGAAAAGUGGAUAUGCUUGAAGGUGUUAACGUCGUGCGGUCUGAUAAGGUUAAGGAUGAGCUAGUAUUGGAUGGGAAUGAUAUUGAACUCGUUUCACGGUCUGCUGCCUUGAUAAAUCAGAAAUGCCAUGUUAAGAACAAAGAUAUCCGAAAGUUCCUUGAUGGUAUUUAUGUCAGCGAAAAAGGAACAGUAGCUGGAGAGGAUUGAAUUCUGAAGUAACUGGUAUUUAUGUUUAGUUUUAGCGGCGGUUCUCUUAUAUGAUGAGAUUGGCUCGCUUUUUUGCUCUAUUCUGAAGUUUGUGGACAGUUGUCAUGAGCUAGUUUCAGAUUGGAUUUUGCAAUUUUGUUUUGAAGUUGGUCUACUCUAUAAUUUUUUUGUUUUGUUUUGUUCAGAGUCACAAAUUCAAAUUCAAGGCCUCAAAUCCAAGGUCUCUCCAGUCCAAACAUAGAGAAAGUGUAUUGAGUUACAAUUUUGGUUGUCAAUGGACAGCAAUUACUGAUGAUUGGCGAUUUUGUAUUUUCAGUGGGGUGGUGUUAAAUUUAGCUGAUAGUCCCAAUCUUAAGGCCCCUGCAACCUGUGCAGUCUGGUUUGAAAUUGUUCACAUGUCUGCUAUUGCACUAUUUUUAGGCAAAUUAGUCAAUUUAACUGUGUAUAAACAUGGAGAAUAGUAUGUUGAUUGUCAAUCAAGUGGCAAGUCAUUGUAAGGUUCACCCAAGAAAACAGAAGGAAAAAAAAAAAAAGACUUAAUAAAUGUUUGAUAUUUUGAAAUAAAA